AUGGUUAGAUACGUCCCUGCUUCUCCUCCUCCGCAGAUGAUGGUGAAGGAGGCGUAUGUCGCAUGGAGUAGGAAGCAGGUAGAGGAUUUGUUGAAAAGUUUUGACAUGGACAAAGACGGCAAGCUUUCCAGGCAGGAGUUGCAGGCAGCUCUCAAUAAACUUGGGUCGCGUUGUGGCUUCUUAAGAGUUUUGAGAGCUCUACGCCAUGCAGAUUCCAACAAGGACGGGUUGAUUUCUAUAGAGGAUCACCUUGUCAACUAUCUCUUUGAGUGCCGGUAUAAGCUAUAA